AGACAAGGCCCACCUUUUCUUCCCCUAAACCCAGAACCCGAAGAAUGGCGCAGUGUCUCCGGGGCAAGGGCGGCGCCGCCGCCGUCGGGGAGGCGCUCCGCAAGGUGGCCCCGUGGCGGCGGGCGGCCUCGGCGUCGUACCACCACACGAUCCAGGCGGUGCCGCGUGAGACGGCCGGCCCGCGCGCGGCGGCGCGCGAGCGCCGCAACGGCAACGUCCCGGCCGUGCUGCUCACCCUCGCCGGCCCCGGGCCCGGGGAAGGGGUCGCCCACCGGAAGCUCCUUACCACCGACAAGAAGCAGCUCGCGGAGAUGCUGAAGCAGUCGCCCUACUUCCUCUCCACCCCGGUCCGCCUCCAGGUCCGCGCCGGCGAGCGAUCCACCGCCGUCGUGCACUCUGGCACCGUGCUCCCCAUCAAGGUGCAGACAGAUGAAUCAACAGGGAAUAUAUUGAACUUGGUGAUGGUGGAAGCAGAUGAAGGAACAAUGCUGAAGGUGAAUUUGCCCGUAGUGUUCAAGGGGGAGGAUGUCUGCCCUGGGUUAAAGAAAGGUGGGUUCUUGCAGAAAAUCAGGACCAGUUUGGUGUAUCUCUGCCCGGCCGAGCACAUCCCUCCAAAAAUCGAGGUGGACCUCACAAAUGUUGACAUUGGGGAUAGAGUGUUAAUGCAGGACAUCCCCGUCCAUCCAUCGCUCAAGUUACUGAGUAAAAACGAGACGAUGCCCGUCUGUAAGGUCCUGUCCUCCAAGCCAGCCGAGUAGGAACGCCGUGCCGUGCGACCGUCUAGAGCUGGACACACCUACCUACAAUAGGUGGUACAUCGGCCUGAAAAUUUAAUCCCUCUAUCUGCUUUGCCUUUUGGUACCUAGUUGCUAUGCUCCAGUUUGCUCAUAGUAGAUUCAAACAAGUUUAUUGUGUUCAAGAUACGAUCAAUCUCGGCUGUAAUGUCAUCAUGAAAUAAUAUAUCCUGGUUUUUUCGGCUC